AUGGCUGUCCGACGUCCAACCGGCCCGUCUUUUGGUGGAGGCAGAAUGCGUCCUGCAGAUAAUCAACAAGCCGGGUCUCUUCGACCAACCACUAACGGCUCAGGACGAAGAAACAAUGGAUGGAAUGGACACGGCAAGUCGAACUUACGGCACUACAAUCAAGACAACCGCUCUCAUAACUUCAUUCAUCAUCAACCUGUCCACCACUUUGGCGAGAAACCACGAAUCCAGCCACAAAAAUGCAAAUACUUCCGCCAGGCCAAGUCCCACCGUUAUCCCAAUCAACAGUUCCAAACCUAUCAAGGUGGUGACUUCAAUGCUCCCAAGCAUGUCCAACAUUUCCAAAACAACGCCGGUAGCGAGAACCCAGUUCAACUCCAGACUGGAUUCCAAGACCAUCUGCGCGCACCUGCUCCACGCGGUCCCAAGAACCGCAACAACAAAUGGCGCAAUCGCCGAAAUCAAGUCGCUCUCUACUCUGCUGUUCAUGACAUCGAAAUGUUCGAUGCUUCAAAUAUCGACACGGACAUUGAAAUGCCCGACGCUCCUCCACUGGAGUCUUACAAUGUCGACAAUUGGAUCAACGAGCCUGUAAGUCAAGUCAAUUUCAUGAAAUCUAAAACUGCCAACACUUAUUCUAAUAAUGAUUUCAAUCAGACGCUCCUCGUCGCUGAUGGCCUCGCUUCUGCGAAUGCAAUGCUCUCUCGAAUUGAAUACUUCGUCCGCACUGGCACCAUGCCCGCUGACAAUUUCACCCUCAGCGGUUGA